GUCUGAGUCAUUCUCCGCUCCCGGGCUGGUGCCUGGUGCUGCGCCCGCUGGGCGAGGGGAGAGUCGCUCGAGCCGCGCGCUCUCGGCCCGGUGCGGUGGUCCUCGCGGCGUGCCUAGAAACAGAGCGGCUUUCCUUAAAAGGUCGCUUCCAGCCGGGCUCACCCGUGGAGAGAGGCGAGACGCGUUCCUGCUGCUCUCUUCUUCGACUCGCCGUCUCUACGCCAGGGUGCCUCAGCGACUUUAAGUUGCUGAGGUUGACGAACCCUGCUCUGCACAGCCGAAGCUGCUAAUCGGCGCCCUCGCGGUUGAUGGUUCGUGCUGGCUUCUGCCCGACAGGCACGGUCCCCUGCGCAAGCCUCGGGAACUAAGAAGUGGCCGAGCAGCGCUUGCAGAAAUAACUAUGGCAGAUGACAACCAUGUCCUGAAAUCAGCACAAACUGUAGUGGAUGCAAAGACUUUCUCUGGUUCUGAAGGGAAAAGCAUUCCUUUUAGCAAAUCUGUUGAUUCUGUGAUACAAGCAGAUGAAAGUUAUAGAAUGGAUUAUCCAGAAAUGGGGAUAUGUAUUCUGGUCAACAAUAAACAUUUCCAACCAACUACUGGAAUGACACUUCGAUCUGGUACAGAUGCAGACGCAGCACUCGUUUUUGACACCUUCAGAACGUUGGGAUAUAAUGUGAAACCUUAUAAUGAUCUUUCAUGUAAACAAAUUAUUGAUGUACUGCAAAACAUUGCCAAGGAUGAUCACAGAAAGAGAAAUAGUUUUGCUUGUGUUUUGCUAAGCCAUGGGGACGAUGGACUGAUUUAUGGCACAGAUGGCCCUCUAGAGCUGAAAAUGUUAACCAGCCUCUUCAGAGGAGACAGGUGUAAGACCUUGCGAGGGAAGCCAAAGCUCUUUUUUAUUCAGGCUUGUAGAGGAACAGACCUUGAUUCUGGAGUUGAAACAGACAGUGGCUCAGAGGAGAAAGUGUGUCAGAAAAUACCUGUAGAGGCAGACUUCCUAUAUGCUUAUUCUACUGCUCCUGGCUACUACUCAUGGAGGAAUUCCUCAGAGGGUUCCUGGUUUAUACAAUCAUUGUGUGUGAUGUUGAAACAAUAUGCUAAGAAACUUGAACUUAUGCAGAUCCUAACACGUGUAAAUCGCAAAGUUGCAGAAUUCAGUUCUUAUUCAAACAGAGCUGACUUCCAUGGAAAGAAGCAGAUUCCAUGUAUUGUGUCUAUGCUGACAAAAGAUUUUUAUUUUCCACUCUAGGGAGUUCUUUAUCUUCUGAUACAGAAGCUAAAAGAAGGGAGGUGGCACUGAUGUUUGUUUAAUUCUGAACUAAUGUUUAUUCCCUGGUGCCCUGGUUGCAUUAAAAUUUAUAAAGAUAAGUAUUUCAGUUGAUAGAACAAUAGUACAGAACUGAACAGAUUUACUAAUACAGAAGUUCUGAUUUAGAAAAUGGAAAAAUGUAUAGAUUUGGAGUAAUUGUGAAUAAGAAAUAUGAAAGAUUCAGUAACUUACAGCUGCCAAAAUAAUGUGCAAGUUAAAAAGUAAUAAAAUGUACCAUUUUCAGAAUAAAUGGUUAACUUUGGUAACAAUGUUUUAACCUAUUUGUAAAUAAACAUACAUACAAAUAAUUUAUAUCGGUACUAGUUGGAACUUUCUUCCAAAUCCGUGUACUUGAGACUGGUUUGUAAUAUCAUUACACAAGAGUAGUUUUUUAAAAUGAUAUGAUGACUAAACUAUCAGUAGAACUAAUCUACUGAUAUUAGAAUCAAUUUCCUGGUACUUAUCACUCUGUAUGUUUGCUAUUGAAUACAAAAUGCUCAGUGAUAGACUUUCAAACUUUACUCAGAGCAUUUUGGCUCCUUUAGAAUACCAGCAAUACCUUGAAUGGGCUUAAAUUUAAAAGAUGACUAAAGGUGCUUAGAACUUGAUUCAGAAUUGGGUCUUGGAUCUCAAUUUGUAGUGGUGUGUGGUUUUUAACUUGUAGCAUAUACAUUUCUUUGUAUAUUUUAAAAGGCAUGCAAAAGUGUAAGUCCUUAUUUCUAAUUUUGAAUGUGUAGUUUUUGGAAAUAUGAAUCAUGUUUAAAAAUAGAAUAAAAGAAGCCAUGUAAAAUUAAUUUACCUACAACUUGAUUAAGAGUUUUAAACUUAGUAUGUUGGGGGGAGACUUUGGGCUGAGUAUACCAUAUAUCAUUAUAGUCUUCCACACAAUCUUGGAAUCCUGGAUUUAGAGAGGGGCUUGUAGCAUAUCUAAAAUUUAAGCUAAUAUACUUUUCCUGUGAAAUUCAGACUUUGAGCAUCUGCAACACACGUCUGUUCUCCUCUUACAGAUCUCAGAAAGAAAGGUAAGGCUAGGCCAUUGUUUAAGAAUUCUUGCAUUCAUUUUUUUAUACUGCUUAAUAGCAAUCUAUCUUCCUGCAACUUAGCUUUGUCCUGGUUAAAUUCUUGCUCUUUUCUGUUUGAGAACUUUCAGGUGUUUGAAAAGUGCUAUCAUGCCAUCAUCAGUUAUGUGAACACUAAAUGCUUCUCAGCCUUUUGGCUAAGAUCAAGUGUAGUUACCUGGACACUAAACACAUUCAGUGUCCUCAGCCUUUUCUUGUAGAACUUAUUUUCCAAACUCUUGGUAACUUUUUUUACUCUCUGUUGACCCAUUUCAAUCUACAUUUUUCUUAGACUACAUCUCCUCAAACUGGAUAUAGUAUUCUAGAUGAGGCAUAAGAUGAAGUGGAAUCUUUUACAGUUGCUACUGUUGUAUACUCAGUUUCUGAUCAACUAUCACCUAAGUUCCUUUACAAAUCUGUCCUGUGUAUUUGCUUAAAUGCAAAACUGUUGGAUUUCAUUUUGAUUUAAUCUGGUUUAGCAUUGUAUCAAAGUAACCUGGCUAUGCCUUCCAGUUUUCAGAUCUUCUACAAGACUGAUAAAGAUUCCAUCCAUGCUGUCAUCUAACCCAUAGAUAACAAUUACGGAAUAGUACUAGAAGUAGAAUCUUGUAGCAUUUCACUAGCAUAGAAAAUCUAGUUCAGUGAGUUACAAUUUGAGAAUAUUUUGAUUAUUGUCUUUACAUAGAUUAACACCCAGUCUUUGUUUAACCAAUUUCCCAACCAAAAUGGGAUUUGACUAAAAUAUAAAUAAUUUACAUUAUAUUGUUUAAAUUCACAGCAUUUUUCUGGAAAAAAAAAAAGAGAUUAGUCUGGCAGGAUUUAUUUAUGCAAAUUCCAUGCUGGUCUCUACUAAUUGUGCAUUACUCAGAUCCUUCAAACUGAUGAAUUGUUCUUCCUCAAUAUCAGUUAGAUUUGCUAAUCUAUAGUUUUAGAUCUUCCACUUUUCCCUUUUUAAAGAUUAGGACUUCUGUUGCCUCCAUUCCAGUGCCCCUCAUAUAUUCACCAGGAUUUUUCAGUGUGAUAGACCAAAAUUCUGAGAGCCCAUCAGGGAACUCAGAAAAACAUCAGGUAUUAAAGAAUACCUAGGACACAAUCUACUCCUGAAGACAUUAACUCAUUUAAAGUUAAAUAUUUUCAGGCUAACUCUUCAUCAGUCUUUACAAUAUUGUUUCCUCAACAUUCACAUUGUUUUAGGAUGUUAGUUUUUGGCAGAGGCAACCAUAGGAGCUCAGCAGAUAUGCUUUCUUUGUUACUUGUUAACAUUACACCAUUUUUAUUAAUCGAAGUAUCUGAAAAGACUUUUGGAUUACUCUUGGCAACCUUUGCUGGCCUCAACUUGUUCUGAGUUUUAACUUUCUAGACAGUGUUGCUGGUUUCACAGAUCUUGCUAAGGCAAAAUGGGGUUUAUUUUUAGCUUUGUGAGAUGAACUGGAUCAGUGAAUAAACCAUGGCUUAUUUUGGGGCAAUCCUUAUUUUGAAACCAUGGUUGUUGGCUUAUUGAUUGCAACCAAGUCUUUGUGUGAUCUGCAGACAGGGAGACUGAUUUCUUUCUUUGUGAUAUCCUGCUUAUUCUUGGAUUCUCACGUGUCUUGCACAACCCUCCCAACCAAGAGGUUCAAACCAAUAAUUGCUGAAAAGGGGGAAGGAAAAUGAAUCAAGAAUUGACUAAAUAAUUUGUGGUUACAUUGUUCAUUUCUAAUUUGUUUGACAUAAAAAUGGCUAAAAUAUAACAUAUAAAACAAAAUAUAGCUUAACAUAUUUUGGAAUUCAGAUCGGAAAUUUCAGCAAAUUUCCCUAGCAAUUAAAUACUACUUCAGAAUAGCCAAUUCCUUCCUUCUCCAGUGUCUUUAAAGAAGUACACUGCCAAAAAGGCAUAUCAGAAAUUCAUUGGGGAUUCUAGGUUUUAAAAACAGACUUACUUAUCUCCUGGUAAUAUGAAGGGGGGGAAAAGGACACACAUUUUCUGCAGGAAAAAUGAGUUUACUCUGUGCUGGUCUUUGUUAUGGUCACUGAUACCGUAGCAUACAGAAGUAAAUUCUUAUCCCAACAGCUGCAAAAAAUGCAAGUAGGUGGGACAGGUAAGAGAUCAAGAGUACUGUAGUAGCAGUUAUGUCUUGGCAGAAAGGUCUUAAACAACAGAGAUUCCUCCAUCCUUACAGUGCUUGCUGAACAAUAGGUUGGUACUUCAGUAGUAAGCACACAGCAUACUUGCAUGAUAAGUUGUAUAUUUUUUGGUUUAUGGCUUGCUAAAUAAAUUUUGGAGAGUAAACAUUAAUCUUUUAAAAGAAUUGUUCGUCUUAUACAAAAGUGAUAUCAGAAACUUGACUCCCAUUUCAAGGAAUGUUUAAUUUAUUAAACACUUACAUGUGUGACUAUUUUAAUUUUCAUAUGAAAAUCUAA